UCUACAGCGAGGAGGAGAGGUGUGAAUCGGCGCAUUACGCAGCGUCCCACAGUCCGUGUUGAACUUUUCUUCAGUCGACUGCGAGUCCUCGGCUAUUUGCUGCGAAUAUGGAGAUGCUUAAGUUCAUCGUGUUGCUUUUAGUGGCAGUGUUCGCCCAGGUGUACACCGUGGUCCUGGGGUCGCCUCUGUCCAGCGAGGUGGACGGAGAGAUCUGGAGCACGGACAACUGGCAGGGGUUCCCGCCAGAAGGAGCCCUAACCACGCGGCUGGCGGACCUCAUGAAGCGCUCCAGAGCUCAGCAGUUCCACGGGCUGAUGGGUCGCAGCACAGCUGACGUGACUCAACUUUCGAAACUGGGCAGGAAACGGAACAAAGGAGAGAUGUUUGUGGGCUUAAUGGGCAGAAGAGGCUUACGUGGAGAUCUGGAGGAGGAUUUGCUGCCCAAGUUCUACUAGCUAACCCUAUUUCGGAGGACUUUAAUUAAAACAAUAACUUUCCCAUUUGAUAAUUGCUAUCCUCACCCAUCACAUCGCCACUCAUCGUCCGUCCCGCUGUCCUGGUGGGGGAGGAAGCAACGAAACCACCGCUCCAACCGCAGUAGCCCAACAAUAACCAUAGAGAAGCUGACACCCGACACACAUGUCAGUUCAACGCUUACUGGACGCCCGCUACGUCUGCUGUGUGUGUGAGUGUGUGUGUGUGUGUGUAUUUAUCACCUACUUGAAGCCCAGCGAGUCCGGGUGGGGGGUGAGGAGUUGUAUCGUGCCAUGAGUUCCUACGUUAAACCUAUUUUGGGAAGAGGGUGCCAUGCUUGAAAAUCUGUAACAAGAGGGAAUGUCGCGUUUUCUUCAAUAAAACAUUAUUUUGUUCAAGCUGUGCGCCUCUCUUACGAUGCACACAUGUCCACGUCGAUUGUCAGGGAUUGGUUUAGGAGGACCCUGGUGGACAAUCUGAGAGUCUGCCACAGAAAAGGCAUUACACUUUAUA